GAUUCUUAAUCCCUGCGAAACCUGCCAUUGUCCUAGAACAUGUGAUAUGUGCAUUAGUGCCGCAAAUAUUUCAAAGUAGCGUUCGCUACAUUCAAGGAAAUCAAUAGAUGACACACCUCCUCCUGUAGUCGGAUAAAGAAGUCGACAAACUAGCACUAGGCUAGUUACUACUUGUGCAAUCAAGCCAUCACCGCAGUUUGAACUUACUGUCCUGUUUUGUGCCACCUGAGAUUCAACACUGGGAGGAUCCCUCAGGCCAGAGGAGCGCUUCUCACAUUCAGAGCCAAGCAGCGAUGGUCCAGGGCACAGGAUGACACUGUACCAGCUGAGAUGAGCAGGGGAAGGAGCGUGUGAAGAUGUCCUUUAAGACAGCAAAAACAUGGUGCAUUAGACUGAUACCUCUGGUGCUGUUCUUUGUCUCUUACUACUUCCCCCAGUUCUUCCUGCAAAGCUAUGGUGGGACCACCAAAAUUCCCGUUCCCAGCAAAAACCUAUGUAGCAGCUGGCUUGUGUCCAAAAGAUGGGAGAGCCUGAACUUCAACCUUACCAGAAAGACCAGACUCUUCCUUACGCUGGGAGAUUUUUUCUGGCAGCAGCACCAGUCUGCCUUACCUUUGCCCUAUGGUCUUAAAGGGAGUGAGCUGUUCCUCCUGAAGGUGUUGGCAGUCACCUCAGAUUCCGAUAUGCCAGCGACUAUCGAGAAGCUCGUCUGCAGAACCUGUGUUGUCAUUGGCAACGGGUUCUCCAUCAAGAACAGCUCCCUGGGUGCCGCUAUCAACAAGUACGACAUGGUUAUUAGGCUGAAUGACUCCCCCGUGAGGGGGUACGAGGACGAUGUGGGUAACAGAACCACGAUGCGGCUCUUCUACCCCGAGUCGGCCUCCUACAACCCCAGCAUCAACAACGACCCCAACACCAUCAUGGUCCUGGUGCCUUUCAAGCAGAACGACCUGCGCUGGCUCAAGGAGAUCCUGUACAAUGAGAAAAGGAUGCGGAAAGGAUUCUGGAAGCCCCCUCCGCAGAUCUGGCUAGGCAGCGCCAGGCAGGUCCGGAUCCUGGACCCCUACUUCCUGCAGCACACGGCGGGAACCCUGCUGCAGAUCCCGCUGCAGCCCAAGAAGAACCAGAGGCCUGUUCACCCCACCACUGGGAUUUUAGCAGUGUUUGUUGCUCUGAACUACUGUGACGUGGUCCACCUUGCGGGAUUCGGCUACCCCGAGCUGCGGAACCAGAAGCAGCCCAUCCACUACUACGGACAGGACACAAUGAAGUCCAUGAAGUACUCCAACCACGACCUCUCGCACGAAGCCCGGGCUCUGAAGAGACUGGAAGAUUCCGGAGCUAUCCUCUACCUGCACCCCCACUCAUGACAUCAUCCUGCACCCAACAUCCCUGCUCAUGACAUCAUCCUGCACCCAACAUCCCUGCUCAUGACAUCCUGGUGUUCACACCACACCCUCAUAGUUAUCUACAAUUAUCUAUGCUGUACAUACGUCCUUACACACACGUGCUGCUUAAUCUUGCUCUUUUUUAGAGAUGGAGAAAUUGUAAAUUAGAAAAUGUUUCCAAAUCUUGUCUCUGAAUAAAAUAUUUUUACUAAUUUUUAUUUAAUUUAAAAAAUAUAUAUAUAUAUUUCUUUGAAUUGUUUCCACUGGAUAUGUUAAUUAUUUUUGGAUAUGGAUGUUUUAUUAAAUGAAUGAUUCCUUAUGAAUGUAAAUCAGACCAUUUCUGCUGAUUGUCUUGCCCUCAUUUGAACUUAAAUUUUAUACAUUUUUUAUACACUUUAUUUUUAAAAUGUUGUUCUGUGGAUCAUUUUUUCACAGUGGUCAUAAACUGUGCAGUUUAGCUUUGUAAGGCAGUUUGGACACGUGGUCUCACUGCUCUGCGGAGAAAUAAACCACUGGUUGACUUUGCUGCCACCUGCAGGGAAGGAACGGUACUGCAUUCAUACCAUAGUGUUGAUCCAGAUAGGGUUGACAACAUUUUCUGUCUGAAUUUUGCUACUUGACCUUUACAGUUUUUCGGCUGACUAUUGCAGUCAGAAUGGGGGGCAGUGUGUGGCUUGACUCGAUUUGGUUCAAUCUCCAGUGUGGCCACAAUAAGAUCCGUGCAGCCGUUGGGCCCUUGAGCAAGGCCCUUAACCCCACAUUGCUCCAGGGGAGGAUUGUUUCCUGCUUAGUCUAAUCAACUGUACAUCACUUUGAAUAAAAGCAUCAGUUAAAUAACACAUUAUAUUAUUAUUAUUAUUAUUAUUAUUAUUAUUAUUAUUAUUAUUAUAAUGAUAAUGAACAGAAAUGCUGGUAUAGGGCAAAUUGACUGACCAAUCCCCGACUUGAACAACAUGUACACUCUGUCUCUGGAAUCAAACAUUGAUGAAUGUUUGCGAUGCAUAUUGCUAAUUGAAUGUUUAAUAAAACACAAGUCUAUCAA